AUGUCCUCAAGCCGCAAGAUGACUACGCCAAGGACGUUCCCCUCGACACUUCACAGAAGGCCCGCUCUAGUCGUUGAGCGCGCCACGGGCUUUGCGACUGUGGCAUCACAGCUCAAGGCACUCGACGACCAACAGAUACCUGCGACCGAUGGCUUCACAAAGCUCGCCAUGCUUCGGCCUCGAAUUGCUGAGUUUGAAGAACGGCAGCUGCAGCAGGCGCUGAAGAUUUCUGAGCUGCGUCGACGGAACGGCAUGAUCAACAUGAGCUACAAGCAUAUACAUAUCCUCGGCGCGGCCAGAGUCUGGGUCGACUACCACCAGAGGCUCACCGAGGCCAUGAAGGCCGUGGAGAGGGAGGAGUUUAAGAGGAAGCCAGACGAUGCGGAAGCGGGGGCUGCCGAGGAGCAUGGAUCAGAGUCGGAGGACGAAGAGUCGGAGGACGAAGAGUCGGAGGACGAAGAGCUUUAA